UCCAUUUCAUGCCCAACAAUAUCCAUUGGAAUAAUGUCUGUGUUACGUUUUGUUAUUGUAAUCUCGUGUAUAACUUCGGUAUGUUUGUCAAGCGGCGAAUCAUCGAUGACAGACCAACACUAUCUACAACUUGCUAAUAUGAUUGCAAGCGAAAUGUCAUCACGAGCCAAGUUGGACGAGACGGUUAAGAGUCUUAAGCGAGAGAUAGCCGACAUAAAAGGAAGUGCUAACAUAGAUAUUGAUAUCUGUAAAUCGCAAUUAUUGGUGUUAAAAAAUGAUUCUGAUGUUUUAGGAAGUAAGUUGCAGACACUAAAGAACGAUUAUCAUAUACUGAAGACCGAGAACGGGGGACUUUUAGAUCAUCAAAGUAUAUUAGAGGAAAACUGCAGCCAGAUGCAAAAUAUUACGCAGGGUCAAAUUGAAACCAUAAGGCAUUUGCAAAGAGAGCUAGAAAAGGUUACGAUGGACCAUAAUAUUCUUAAAGAACAUCUUAAUAAUUCAAGUGCGGACUAUGUUACACUUUUGUCAGAUUAUAAUGGAUUGAAAAGGAAAUACGAAACGGACUUAAGGGUAUUUAAUGCAGAUAUGAAAGCUAAUAUCGAGGAAAAAGAAGAACUGCAAGGAAAUGUGACACAUUUACAGGAAGAAAUGAAGAAUACAAAUGCGACAGUCCUUUAUAUAAUGCAGACAAGUGAUACGAAAAAAACGGAUAUAUUUACAUUAAUGAACUUGACAGAUGAUGCGACCCAAAGAAUAUCUCUACUGGAAAACUUGAAAGAUGUUCUUGUUCCCAGACUGGAUAAAUUAAUAGAAAAGCAGGGUGUGAUGAAGGACAAAAUGGAUAAUCAAACAAAUGGCUUGAAUACGAAAGUUGCCGUAUCAGCAUGUGCGACAGAACAGUCCGUUGGUGGAAUAGUUCGUUUUCCUAAUGUGAAGACCGCGGUUGGUAUUAGUACGCUUUCGGGAUUGAAGAAGCGUGGGGAAUUUGUAUGUGAUAUUCCAGGAUUAUACCUAGUUUCCGUAUACCUAGUGUCAACAACUACACAUGCAAAUUUCAAUUUGUACAAAAACGCAUAUGACUUAACCAAAGUUUUCAUGAAAGGAAGUUCUAAAGACAAUCGUGAUUAUGGGACUGGAACGGCAGUUCAAGCUGUCGAACUUGAUGUCGGUGACACUAUUUAUGUAAAAUUAGAAGGUCAAUAUACAAUUGUAGGUAAUUCGUCGUCUUGUAUCACAAUAAUGAAGAUCAAAUAA